AUGACGGUGCAAAAUGUUUCGGCCUCAACCUUGGUCGUUUUGAUGGACUCAUAUGAAUCAUCAAGAACGCUAAGAGACAUUACCGAUUCAGUCUUCAAUCAUAUUGACUUCAUUUGUUUCAAAAAAGAUUCGGAACGAGUAGCAUUAUUGAAAGAAAAAGAUGGGAUAAUAUGUUCAGUAGAUAGUAUUGAAUAUGAACAAUAUGUGGCAUGCUUGAAUACAAUUAAAAAUAUUCGCGGCUCAAUUAGUGCGAUUGCAUUGUCGUCGAGAAAGGAAACACUUGUAAAAAUUGCAGCACGAUUACGAGCCAACUUCAAUAUUCCAAUAGGCACAAGAGAUAGCGUCGCAACUUUGUUUGUUGAUAAAUAUGAAAUGAAAAAACGUGCGAUCGAAGUCGAUAUACGCACAUCGGCCAUGGUACAGGCCACAGUAGAAGAAGCGAUAUUACUAAUCGAAAAAACAAGUCUACCAAUUGUUCUCAAGCUAAGAAAUGAGACAGGAUCUAAAGGCGUGCACAUUCUCAGAAGCAAUGAAGAUCUUAAGAUUAUUGAACAAUUAGAUCCCCAAGAUUACCUGAUUGAGCAAUUUAUUGAUGGUGAAACCUAUCGAGUGGAUGGAAUCGUUCAGAAUCAACAAGUUCAAUUCUUCGUAGUCUUCCAUGAUUAUCCAUCUUGCUUUGAUUUCUUCAAUAGCAGAAUAAAUCUAGCUGAACUCCUUGUUUCAGAUCCAAAAACUCGCUUCGAAGUUGAGGCUAUUUCCAACUCAGUCGUAAAAGAAUUUGGUUAUUCAAAUGGGAUCUUUCAUCUCGAGCUGUUGAAAAACAAAAAAGAUGGAAAAUUCUACUUUCUUGAAAUUGCAGCCAGGCCAGGUGGUGGAGUAGCCAGAAAGCUCAUGGUGAAAUUCGGGGUGGAUUUAAUGAUUCAAAUGAUUCGAAUCGAUUCAGGACUUAACCCGGAAAUAGUCAUGUUACCGGAAGCUGUGUAUAUGGGUGGUGUUUGGGUACCGACACCUGAUCGCAAUAGAACCUUUGUUUUUGACAGUAUCAACUUGCCUGGAAAACACAAGUAUAAAACCUUGACCGAAAUUGAAGCCCCUCCUGCUGGUAAAAUAAUGCAAGAGUACGAUACUAUUAGUGCUUAUUUUUCAUCAAACAAUGAAGCUCUCGUUAAACAGGAAGUGACUCAGUGCCAACAAAUGCUCAAGGCUACCUAUCGUUCAACCGCUGUCUCAAACAAGAGCGUAGUUGACCUGCGAAGUGAUACUUUAACACUUCAAAAUGAUGGAAUGAAAAACGCUAUGAUGUCUGUCUCUGUUGGAGACGCAGCAUAUGGCGAAGACGAUACUGUUAAUCAAUUAGAAGAUUAUUGUGCAUCAUUCUUUGGGAAAGAGGCUGCAUUGCUUAUUUCUACCGGAACCAUGGCUAAUCAAAUUGCAAUUAGAGCUCAUACCAAACCAGGUGACGAAGUAGUUACUGACGCCUCGUAUCAUAUUAACUAUUAUGAAUCGGCACAGACUGCCGCCAUAGGUGGUGUUACCUUAAACUUGACUCAUGCUAACAGAGGUCUAAUCACUGUUAAUGAUAUCCAGAAUGCUAUUGGCUCCAAACCACGGGGCUCUAUGUACGCUAAACCAACCCUAAUCUUUUUAGAGAAUACAGUGAAUGUGAGUGGAGGGGCUGUUCUUUCCAUGGAUGAGCUAAGAGCAAUUAAAGCGUAUGCUGAUCUACAUAGUCUGAUCGUUCACAUUGACGGAGCAAGGCUUCUUAAUGCUUGCAUAGCAAGCAAUUCACGACCACAUGAGGUAGCUGCCUACGCUGAUAGUGUAGGAAUGUGUUUUACCAAGGGAUUAGGAGCGCCAUUCGGAGCAGUACUUGCUGGAAGCCGAGAUUUCAUUGAAAAAAUAAAGGUGUACAGAAAGUGGUUUGGCGGUACUCUUCAUCAAGUCGGUUAUAUGGCUGCCUCAGCGUUAUAUUCACUCGAUGAAAACUGGGAGGCGAUCUUUAAACGAGAUCAUGAACACGCAAAGCUGAUUGAAGCAGAAUUACUUAAAGUUGUCCCGUGUAAACAAGUUAGUAAAGUAGAAACAAACAUUGUGAUUGUUGACUUAAAUGGUAUUGCAGAUGAUAAAUCUUUGAUAUUAGACGCUAUGAAACAACAGGGAGUCUUAGCUCUUCCAUGGAAUGGAAACACAAUUAGAUUUGUUACUAGUCGAAACAUUUCCAGAGACGAAGCAGUUGCCGCCGCAGCCAUUAUUAGAAACGUGUUUCUAAACUUUACGUCUAAUCAUUAG